AGCAGCCAUAUCUUAUUUAUAUACAUAGAGCUUAUAUAGAAAUUAACCCAACCCAAAAAAGAUCAUUCUUCAUUAAUCAUACAAUUGUUAAAGAAAUGGGUCAUGAGGACCACCCACAAGAUGAACAUAGGGUUAGCAGGGAGACUCAUGAUAUGUUGGAAAAUAACAUUAUCAAUGGUAACGAUGAUGAAGAGGAAAAAAUGAAGCCUAAGAAGAUAGAAGAAGAAGAGAUUGAAUCAGUGGAGAAGAUCUUUGAGAAGCAAUAUCUUCCGGGGUGGAGAAACCAGGUGACGAUGAGGGCUAUAGUGGUGAGCUUUGGUAUGAGUAUUCUUUUCAGCUUCAUAGUGAUGAAGUUCAAUCUGACCACGGGGAUUAUCCCGUCACUGAACGUGUCCGCGGGGCUGUUGGGGUUCUUCUUCGUGAAGACAUGGACAAAACUCUUGGAGAAGUCGGGGAUGUUGAAGCAGCCCUUCACCCGCCAGGAAAACACCGUCAUUCAAACUUGUGUCGUUGCUUCUUCCGGUGUCGCCUUCAGCGGAGGGUUUGGGGGUUACCUGUUCGGAAUGAGUGAAAGAAUAGCAAUACAAUCAGGAGACAAUAAUGGUUUCAAAAAUCCAUCAUUGGGAUGGAUUAUUGGUUUUCUUUUUGUUGUUAGCUUUCUUGGUCUCUUCUCUGUUGUUCCUCUCCGCAAGAUUAUGAUCAUAGACUUCAAAUUAACAUAUCCAAGUGGUACUGCAACAGCUCUUCUUAUCAACAGCUUUCACACUCCCACUGGAGCCAAGCUCGCUAAGAAACAAAUAAAAGUACUGGGCAAAUUUUUCUCCCUAAGUUUCUUGUGGGGUUUCUUUCAAUGGUUUUAUACUGCUAAAGACGAUUGUGGAUUUGAACAGUUCCCUUCAUUAGGGCUCAAAGCAUAUGAGAACAGGUUUUACUUUGAUUUCUCAGCAACAUAUAUAGGAGCAGGGAUGAUAUGCCCUUACAUUGUAAACAUAUCAGUGUUAAUCGGAGGAAUUCUGUCAUGGGGUCUCAUGUGGCCUCUCAUUAACAACCGAAAAGGCGAUUGGUAUAGCGCAGACCUCCCCUCUAGUAGUAUGAAUGGCCUUCAAGGUUACAAGGUGUUCAUCGCCAUAGCCAUGAUCCUAGGAGACGGCCUAUACAACUUCAUAAAGGUGAUAUUUCGAACCCUUUCCGCAUUGUCCACACAUCUCCAGGAAAGGCAGCUGUUGAACACUCUCCCGGUUCAUUCAGAAGAAGCACAGUCGUCAUCGCUCUCUUUCGACGACCAGCGUCGAACCCAGAUGUUUCUCAAAGACCAAAUUCCCACAUGGUUCGCCACGGCAGGCUACGUCGCCAUCGCCGCCAUCUCCAUCACAACUCUCCCCCACAUAUUCCCUCAACUCAAAUGGUACUACAUUGUAGUAAUCUACAUCUUCGCUCCAGUCUUGGCCUUCUGCAACGCCUACGGUUGCGGACUCACCGACUGGUCCCUCGCCUCCACCUACGGCAAGCUCGCCAUCUUCACCAUCGGAGCCUGGGCCGGCGCCUCGCACGGUGGUGUCAUCGCAGGCCUGGCUGCCUGUGGUGUCAUGAUGAACAUUGUCUCGACGGCCUCUGACCUCACCCAAGACUUCAAAACUGGUUACCUAACCUUAGCUUCACCUCGCUCCAUGUUCGUGAGCCAGUUGAUUGGUACAGCAAUGGGUUGCGUCAUCUCUCCAUGUGUGUUUUGGCUCUUUCUCAAGGCUUUUAGUGACUUGGGACAGCCUACGAGCCAAUACCCUGCGCCUUACGCUGCCAUUUAUCGAAGCAUGGCCGUGCUUGGAGUCGAAGGCUUCUCAUCGUUACCUGACAAUUGCCUCACGCUUUGUUACGUUUUCUUUGGGGCUGCCAUGCUUAUUAACCUUGUUAAGGAUCAUUUGGCGAAGCCAUCGGUAGCAAGGUUCAUUCCGAUUCCGAUGGCCAUGGCCAUACCUUUCUAUAUAGGACCGUAUUUUGCCAUUGACAUGUGUGUUGGAAGCUUGAUCUUAUUUGUGUGGGAAAAGGUGAACAAGACCAAGGCCAGGGCUUUUGGGUGUGCAGUGGCUUCGGGUUUGAUAUGCGGUGAUGGCUUGUGGACUUUGCCUGAAUCGAUACUUGGUGUUGCUGGGGUUAAGCCACCCAUUUGCAUGAAGUUUCUGUCGAGGGCUACUAAUGAUCAAGUGGAUACUUUCUUAGCUACCUUAUCUUAAUUAGUAAAGACUUGAAGGUUUUCAGGAUUUGUAUAUGUGAAUAAUUAGCUAGGGGGGAAGUGUGCUUUGCUUUAUCCACGAAAAUCAAAUCAAAUCUUAGAGAAGACUAUAUUGUAAUAAGAAAAUCUGUAGGUAUAUAUAUGUGUUCUUGUCAAA